AUGAAGCUGUUCAUUCUCGUGGCCCUGUUUGGGCUCAGCUUGGCCCAGCACAACCCCAACUUCAAACAUGGCAGGACGGCCAUGGUCCACCUGUUCGAGUGGCGCUGGGCGGACAUCGCUGCAGAGUGUGAGCGCUUCCUGGGUCCUAAUGGCUUUGGUGGAGUUCAGAUCUCCCCUCCAAAUGAGCACAUUGUGCUGAACAGUCCCUGGAGACCCUGGUGGCAGAGAUACCAGCCAAUCAGCUACAACCUGUGCUCCAGAUCUGGCAGUGAGAACGAGCUGAGAGACAUGAUCACCAGAUGCAACAACGUCGGGGUCAACAUCUACGUGGAUGCUGUUGUCAACCACAUGUGCGGAGCCGGCGGUGGAGAAGGAACACACUCUUCAUGUGGAAGCUGGUUCAGCGCUAGCAGGAAGGACUUCCCCAGUGUCCCCUUUACCCACUGGGACUUCAAUGACCACAAAUGCAGGACUGGAAGUGGAAACAUUGAGAACUAUGGUGAUGCCAAUCAGGUGCGUGACUGCCGUCUGGUUGGCCUUCUGGACCUUGCCCUGGAAAAAGACUAUGUCAGGGGCAAGGUGGCAGACUUCAUGAACAAGCUGAUUGACAUGGGUGUCGCUGGAUUCAGAGUGGAUGCCUGCAAGCACAUGUGGCCUGGUGACCUGCAUGCCAUCUACGGUCGUCUGCACAACCUCAACACCAAGUGGUUCUCCGGUGGCUCCAGACCCUUCAUUUUCCAGGAGGUUAUUGAUCUGGGAGGUGAGCCAAUCACAUCAAGAGAGUAUACCCAUCUGGGAAGAGUGACGGAGUUCAAAUAUGGUGCUAAACUGGGAACCAUAUUCAGAAAAUGGAACGGCGAGAAGCUUUCUUACACAAAGACCUGGGGAGAGGGCUGGGGUUUCAUGCCCAAUGGCAAUGCUGUUGUCUUCGUUGACAACCACGACAACCAGAGAGGCCACGGCGCCGGUGGUGCUUCUAUUGUUACCUUCUGGGACCCCAGGCUCUAUAAAAUGGCUGUGGGCUACAUGCUGGCCCACCCUUACGGUGCCACCAGGGUUAUGUCUAGCUUCCGCUGGGACCGCCACUUUGUGAACGGAAAGGAUCAAAAUGACUGGAUGGGACCCCCUAGCCAUGGUGACGGAUCCACCAAAUCUGUUCCUAUCAACCCCGACCAGACUUGUGGGGAUGGAUGGGUGUGUGAGCACAGAUGGCGUCAGAUCAAAAAUAUGGUUAUUUUCCGUAAUGUGGUCAAUGGACAGCCUCACUCCAACUGGUGGGACAACCAGAGCAACCAGGUUGCCUUUGGACGUGGCAACCGUGGGUUCAUCGUUUUCAACAAUGAUGACUGGGAGCUGAAUGUGACCCUGAACACUGGCAUGCCUGGUGGCACCUACUGCGAUGUCAUCUCUGGUCAGAAAGAAGGAAGCAGAUGCACAGGAAAGCAGAUCCACGUUGGUGGUGAUGGCCGUGCCCACUUCAAGAUCAGCAACAGAGAUGAGGACCCUUUCGUUGCUAUUCAUGCUGAGUCCAAGCUGUAA